AUGAACACAGAACAAACAUCUAUAAUGCACACAUCCUUCCCAACUACCUCGAUAAAUUCAAAGUCGCAGGUGUUACCACAAGGAUCACAACAAAGUCUACAGAAUACAUCCGCAAUACCAAAACCAUUCAUUAAUAUUGUGGAACAACCAGCUACAAAAGCACUAAGAUUUCGUUAUAAAUGCGAAGGACGUUCAGCUGGUUCUAUACCAGGUGUAAAUUCGACACCUGAAAAUAAGACAUAUCCCACCAUUGAGAUUGUGGGUUAUGAAGGUGAUGUGGUCAUAGUGGCAUCAUGUGUGACAAAGGAUCCACCAUAUAGGCAACAUCCACAUUAUUUAGUUGGGAAAGAUGGUUGUAAAGAUGGUAUAUGUACACUUGUUCUGACUGGGGAAACACGGCGUGCAGUCUUCUCUAAUUUAGGUGUACAAUGUGUGAAGAAGAGUGAGAUUAAAUCUGCUUUGGAAGUACGUGAGCGACUGCAAGUAGAUCCAUUCAGAACAAGAUUUGGACACAAAGAUCAACCAUCCAGUAUUGAUUUGAAUGUGGUACGUUUAUGUUUCCAAGCAUUCUUAAAAACUGAAUCAGGUGUGAAACCAUUACAACCUGUUGUAUCGGAACCAAUUUAUGAUAAAAAAGCUAUGUCAGAUCUCGUAAUAAGACUUUGUUGUCGUUCAGCAAAAGUUGGUGGUGGUAAUGAAAUUAUUUUGUUAUGCGAAAAGAUUGCCAAAGAUGAUGUUAAGUUAAUUAAGAUACGAUUUUAUGAACUGGGCAAUGAUAAUGAACUUAUUUGGGAAGAUUAUGCUGAAUUUCAGCCAACGGAUAUACACAAGCAGACAGCUAUCGCAUUUAAAGCUCCGCGUUAUCAUAAUCAAGAUAUUUUGGAGAAGGCAAAGGUUUUUAUUCAAUUGGUGCGACCGUCUGAUGGAGUUCAGAGCGAUUCUUUGCCGUUCGAGUACUAUCCGGAUUCAGGUAAGCGUUAUUUAAUUUAA